AUGGGUAACAUGCUUCUUAUUGGGGUGGAUAACGUCGUGAUAAGAGCGGAUUUUAUCGCUUUCCGGCCGAUCGAUCACCAUAUCCCAUUGCCAUGUUUUCGCCAGCGGCGCCCCUGGCGACCAAGAACCCCGGCUCUCGGAGAUCCACCGAGUGCUGUGCCGCGCCCGUCGCUCCCGGCAGGGGGUUUCUUCUUCUUUGAUUUGAUCUCGCGAAACGUUACACUUCUCGAUCUCCGAAAUCUGGGUAGCGUUUCACCUGGCAACUUUCUCCAACGCCCUGAACUACCACUUUUUGAUUCGCUGGAAGACAAUCCUGACAUGCCAUGCGAGUUCGGCGAAGCACAUAGGAAAAGAGUGCGACAUAUGUUUCCAUUUCUUGGAUUUCCUUUAGCAAUGUCGAUUAAUGAAAAUUCGAAUUCGGGUCUAAGAGACCUAUAUUCAAACUACAAGCAAUCUGUCAUUUUUCCCCUAUUGGAUCCUCAGAGCAACAACAUGAUAGAUGGCUACCAUUUUCUGCAAUGAAUGUGGUAUCUAUAAUGGUACGUACUUGUGUAUUAGUCUUUCCUCUAUCCAAGGGGUUACCUAUUUGUAGUUAUCUAAUAUUUCUAAUAUGUUAUCCAGACUGUUCAUCUCUUAUAAUGAGUGUCACCGUUUUGCCAAUUUAUUACAAGUGUCUGGUUUUUCCUUCUCUAUUCCCUAACUGUCAGAGAAGAAAUACUUUUAUAUAUUU